CUCCAUACUUCGUCAGUAUCUCUCGUGAUUUCAAAGAGCGAGGAUCUGAGAAGCAUUAAAAACUAGCUCUCAGUUCGCGUGACUCUUGCCAUCUCUUUCUUCUUUAUUUUUGUCCAUGAUAACACCUUUUUUAAUUUUUAUAUUCUUCACCAAGUUACCUCACCACUCAGCACAAUAUUAAUAUUAAAUAUUAAUCCUUUAAGAAUUUAUUUUAAACCAUAAGUGUCUCCGUGUUUAUUCUUGCAUAAAUGAGACAAUAGCUUCAAUCUUUGUUUUUUCUUUGAUAAUGGGUGCCAAGUGUUUUUAUUUAUUUCUUCUUUGGGUUACUACUGUUGCAGCUAAUGUGCAAAGUAAAGUAAGAUGCUCCCAAGAUUUUAUGGAAGUUGAUAUUGUCAGAAGCAGUCCUCAAGCUAAGAUAUAUCUUCAGCAGCUUGAAAAUUAUCCAGAUGAGGCGUGCAAGCCAGUUUUUCACAAAGGCGUCGCCACGUUUCGGCUGUCUCUCGCCGAACAAAACAUGUCACGCUGUGGAAUCGUUCGAGUUGUUAACAAAAUGACGGGACAAAAAGUUUACUAUCACCGCAUUAUCGUCGUCGAGCCCGGGGAUGAGGGCAAACACACGUUUACUGUCAAGUGCAUUGUUACUGAGCUCGAUUUACAGACUAAAAUCUCGGGGUUGGAUCAUAGGGUUGUCAGGAGAAAUGUUUUGCCCGCUGGAUUUCAAGAAGAUGACACCGUUGAUAUCCAGGAUGAAAUAAAAGGAAAUGCGCCAAUUCCGAUGCUCAGCGUUGGUGUUCGUCAAGGUGGUAAACUAGUCACGGGGGAACUCAAUGUUAGCCCGGGUACUCCACUACAGAUGGAAAUAUUUCUCGAUACUGAGUCAGCACCUGUUUAUGGGCUACUUGUCACUUACAUGCAAGUCACUGACACUAGGACUGCUGAGGAAACAAUCAUUUUCAAUGGAUGCUCGGUCGACCCAUACUUAUUUGAAAACUUCGAUACAGUAAACGGAGACUUUCUCAUAGCAAAAUUCCGAGCUUUUAAAUUUCCAGAGAGUACAUACGUCCAGUUCCGAGGAACGGUAAACGUUUGCUUGGACAAAUGUCAAGGAGUUGAAUGUAGCAACGGGAAAGUUGGGUUCGGGAAAAAGAAACGUGCAAUCUCAAUGUCCGGGGACAAGAACAAAGUCUUUGAAGUUACAAUGUCGACGUUUAUUAAAGUCGACUACGAUAGUCAGGUCCCAGAUGCCACACUCUCACAGUUCAUAAGACCGGGAAAGAACAGAACGUUCGAGCGAUCGGUAAUCGGCGAGCAAGUCCAAGAGCAGUUGGUCUACAAGUGGUCGGAAUCAUCUGGCUCCUCUUACUGCCUUAACUUAAUCCAAAUUCUACUUAGUUUUUUCUUUUUGUCAUUUUUUUGAGGAUUCGAUUAACAUAAAUCAAAUUAAAAUUUAGAUCUGAGAAACUAAAACUGUGUGAUACUAAAAAUACGUUUAUUGCGCGCGAUACUGAUACGAGAUAAAAGUUUAAAUAAAAUAAGACUCACUAGAUUUCUCUACUCUGCGACCGCGUAAUUUUUUACAUGCCAUUGAUGUUUAAUUAAAAUAUGUAUGAUUUUAAAAAUAAAAAUUAGCCUUUGCGAGUAGAGAAAGCUGAGGCCCUAGUCCUACUACGGCGUAACUAAUUAUUGAUAAUAUUUUUAAUAAUUACGUAGAUAACACGUGUUAUUAGCGACUCUAAAACCGGGAUCGCUGAUUCUCAUUUUUAAUUAAACAUUUUAUUAAUUCAAAGUAA